AUGUAUGUAGGUUAUCGAAGCCAAAUCAUACUUUCAAUCACGGCCCCAUCCAAGGCAAUUGGCUCAGUGAUUGCAGAGGUGACUCUUUACGGGAAUAGAAACCUCACUGGUGACAAGUCUCAUACCCUCAAGAGUGCCGGAGUAACUCCUCAGGUGUCAUGGCAAGGGGCUGCCGUUGCUUUGCAUAUAACUAGCCAACCAGCGAAAACCUUCACUUGCCAUACCAUGCAGGUUGCAGAACACCUGUCAUUAUGCACAUCCCUGAUGCCGGUCGCUUUUCGUGUGAAAAAGGCGGGUGGGCUGCAAAAUCAGGUUCCAUUCGGUUGUGGCGAUGUACUUACAUAUUUCCUGGAGAACGACUCUGCAUGCCAAUUCAUUUUGUCUGAGGAGUUAUUUUCCUCCAAAUCGGUUGAACUCCAGCUUCACUAUCUAGCGAUUGGGGAUUAUGGCAUUUUGUCCUCGACCAUUGUCAGCAAUAAGAUAUUUGGUAAACAAAAGAAAACGAACAAAGAGAAAGAUAUCCCCCAUGAAGCCAGGCCCUUAAGUAGGCCUGAUUCUCCGCCGCCUGAUACCAAAGUACCUGGUAAAGAACUAUUAAAUUCACAUGCUCCCGUCACUACUACCAGUGAAUCCACAAGGGCCAACAAAAGAGACCCUUCGGAUAUUGACCCUUUAGGACUCACGUUGAUCCACAGACCAGCGGAUGCUCAUGUUGAUAUAAUAUUUGUGCAUGGCCUGGGUGGCUCCUCAUUGCGAACUUGGUCUUACGAGCGUGAUGUUAAGAAUCUGUGGUUACCCUGGCUAGGUGAUGAGGAAGGGCUAUCAAAUGCCCGAAUCUUUACAUUUGGAUAUGAUGCAAACUACGCUCAAUCUGCUGCUCCAUUAAGCAUUUUGGACUUUGCAAAGACCUUGCUUUUUAAUAUGAAAGGAUACCAUGAUGAAGGCAGGGAAGAUGGCAAGGCAAUUGGUGAUCGGAUAGUUAACUCGAACAAGCUCCCUUUGAUAUUUGUUGCCCACUCAAUGGGCGGACUCGUCGUGAAAAAGGCCUAUAUAAUGGGGAAGCUCGAUCAGUGUUAUUCUCCGAUAAUUUCCAAGACACAUGGGAUGCUCUUCCUAGGCACUCCCCAUCGGGGAUCCAAUUUUGCAUCUACUCUCAAUACCAUUCUUCGCCUUGCUCCUACUAUAGGCACGAAGCUUUACGUGAGCGAGCUCGAUCGCAACUCACUAUCUAUCGUUGAUAUUAAUGAGCAUUUCAGAUAUGUCUGUAGCGAUUUGGACUUGGUUUCAUUCUACGAAACAUUACAUACAAUUAUUCCACCCGGAAUAAAAGCUAUGGUGGUCAAGAAGGAGUCAGCUGUUCUAGGAUAUCCACAAGAAAUGGCUACAGCACUCAUCGCAGACCAUAAUCGGAUAUCAAAGUACCGUAGCCGGGAUGAUGCCAAUUAUAAAUCCGUGAAAGAUGCCCUGAGAAACAUUGUUCAAAGAGCCAUAGCAAAAGGACAUUCGAAUACGGCGGCAAAGCCACCAACCCCUAUUCUUUCAAGUAUGAAAAGUAUAUUUGGCAUACAAAAUAUGGGAGAGGAUCCAGGGACUGCCCACGAACAGAUCCUGCCUGGGUCAUGCGGUUGGAUACUAGAAAAAGAGUGGUUUCGGGAUUGGGUUGCUGAUAUUACAGUGGACUUGAGUGUUCUAUGGUUAACCGGACUUCCAGGGUCUGGCAAAACAACAUUGUCUAGUUUCCUCGUCCACAACCUUGGAGAGCGGAAUGCCACCAUAUCCUGCCAGUAUUACUUUUUCGGAGCUGGCCAGCGUGAAGCGCAUACGACUGCACACUUUCUUCGGUCUAUAGCCUUCCAAAUUGCAGAAACCCAAAAUGAUUUCCGCUCUCGCUUGAUUGAUCUACACCAACAGACCGGUGCAGUGUUUGACUCCUGGAACCACGCCACCAUCUGGGAGAAGAUAUUUGAGGGAAUUCUCUUCCAGGCAAAGCUAGACCAGUCGUUGAUUUGGAUUCUGGAUGGGGUAGAUGAGGCUGAAUCCCCAACGGCGAUUGUCAAAUUUGUUUCUAAAAUAAGGACUUUGACACCGACUAGAGUCCUGCUAGUGAGUAGGGAAACAGAGGAACUUGCCAUGGCCAUGACCGUUGACGGAUGCCGAAUACACCAUAAAGAGAUUCAGAUUGAUGAUACUGCCAAGGAUAUUCAAUUAUUUGUCUCUCAUUCCCUUCGUAAUACCCUGUUGGAUGAAAAGUCGAGAACGUAUAUUACUGACAAGAUUAUUUCUGACGCGUCAGGUUCAUUCCUGUGGGUCAAACUUGUCAUGGAGCAUAUCAAAAACAGCUGGCACACGGAUAUCGACCUGAAGAAGGCUCUUAAUACCAUACCGGAAGAUAUGCAACGGAUGUAUGAACGGAUGGUGGACACCAUUUCUGACCAACCACAAAAUCGGAUCUAUAUCGUAGCUGAGAUAUUGACGUGGGUACUCUGUGCUUCCAUUCCCUUGAAUAUUAAGGAGCUUGCAGAAGCUUUAAAGGCUAGAUUUGGAAAUUUCACAGACCUGAGGACCACUAUUAACCUGAUAUGUGGAGGAUUUAUCACUGUGACGAAUUCAACAGUUACAGUAAUCCAUGAAACUGCUCGUGAGUUUCUCAUCUCUGGGAGGACCAAUUCGCCCAUUUCAAUUGAUAUCCAACAGGGACAUAUGCGUAUUGCCCGAGUUUGCAUGGAAUAUCUUUCUCAUAGUAAAUGGAAAACCGAGCUCGCCGCCAUCCACGAGACUAGGGAACCAGACGCGGGAAAUCCGUACUUCGAUGUACCGUUUUUAUCGUAUGCAGUCACAUAUUGGGCAUAUCACGUCCAUAACUCCGAGGAACCAGGGCUGCAGCUUGACGUUCUUGAAUUUUUAUCACAAUCCGCUCUUGUUUGGGUUUAUGCCGUUUCUCUUACCAGAAACCUUCAGGCCAUUGUUUAUUCUGCGCAAUAUCUCAGGGUAUAUGCCGAAAAACUUGAGCAACGGAUGACUCAAACUUCUUCGAUAGAUUCCAACGCUUCCCGAACCCAGGAACUUAUUCAAUGGUCAAAUGCACUCAUACGUUUAGUUGGCCACUUUGGCUCACAUAUUAUUGAAGCCCCUUCGGCAAUAUAUAGACAAACAAUCCCCUUCUUUAAUCAUGCGUCUAUUCUGGCCCGGGAGUUCCAACACUUAGGCCAGAAUUCAAUCCAAAUAUUGGGUAUCUCUCCUCGGAAUUGGGAGGAUUGCCUGGCAAGAGUAACUAUGGGCUAUAAUGAAACCGCGGCUAAAGUUGUAUGCAAGGAUAGGUUUUUUAUUACAUUGCUUGAUAGCAGUGGGACAUUGGUCGUAUGGGAUGCUGUUACCUGCUUGGAGACUAUGAGACUCUACCACGGUGAGUGGAUAACAAGCAUUAAAGCUGCCAAAGCACGAAAUCUCUUAGCAUCUGCUGGCAUUCACUCUAUCCGCAUCUGGGACAUCAACCAAGGAACGGAAAUUUGCAGUAUACCAAGGGCCAGUGAAAGUAUUGUGAUCUCCCUGGCAUUUAGGUCAAACGACACAGAGCUUUUAUAUGCGGAUGACAGCUUUACCAUCAAAUGCAUAGACCUGGAUUCAAGAGAAGAAAAACAGAUCCUUGAAGCUAUUUCGACUUCUGAGUCCGAAUAUGGACCCCCGAGAGGUAUAGUAUUCAGUCCUGACUCAAGGCGGGUUGCUGUAGUGCAUCCUAGGCGUCCUCUUCAGAUAUGGCGCAUCAACCACGGCAAGAAUCCAAAGCAAUUCAUACGGAAAAAGGCUAUAAAUAAGCAUAACUGGGGAGGUAAAGACAUAAUCAAUUCACCAGGGAAGAUUGUCUGGAGACCGGACUCAUCUGGAAUACUUGCCUUAUAUCCUGGUAUGCUGUUGAUAGACUGGAAUGUGGACGAUGAUACCCAAACGGAGUAUUCACAUAUCAUAGCGCACGAAAUGGUAUUGAGUUUGGAUGGAAAAUGGCUGCUGACCAGUGAUCAUAAUGAUUUAUUGAGCAUUUGGUCCACAGAUUCAUUCCGGUUAAUAUAUCAACUCAAGUACGAGGGAAUUGUGCGAGAUGUUUCAUUUUCUCCAGAUUCACGGCGGAUCUAUGAUAUCCGGGACACGAUCUGUAACAUUUGGGAGCCUCCUGUCCUGCAACUGCUGGAUAAUUGCGAGAGACGUCAUAUAUCAUCGGAGAUGAUGGCUCUUCCUCGUAAUGGCGACCGGGUUCCGGUCACAGCCUUGAUAUGUGGUAACGACCUUCCAUACUAUUGUGCUGGAAGAGAAGACGGAAGUGUUAUCAUGUACGAAGCAAGGAGCGCAAAGAGGCUUCGAAAAUUGUACGGACACUCCAACACCGCUUCGGUCGUCCUGAUAGUGUGGUCGCUGUCUCAAAGAUAUAUUGCUUCCGCUGACGAUGAAGGUCGGGUUAUCGCAAAACGCCUCAGGCCGCCCACUGCGCAAGCACCUCAAAAAUGGGCCGUCUAUGGACUUAUUGACCUCCAGCAGAGUGGUCCCGUAUCACAGCUACUCUUUAGCAUCUCAGAGGAAUUUCUCUUGGUUUCCAGCCAAGAAAGUGAUGAGGUCUGGAGCACCAAAUCGAAGGAGAAACUAUGGCAUGUAAAUCACGAAAAGAAGACCCAGCAUCGACGAUGGAUGAACCACCCAAGAGACUCUGACCUAUUAGUUUGUAUUGAAAGAGGCGAGCAGCAUCUUUAUACUUGGAAUGGGCUCGGUAUGAUCUCCCUUGGCAGAAGACACAUGUCAUCGAUGAAACGUGGGGAUGAUUCACUAGAAGACAACAAUAAUGACGAGUAUUCGAAUAUUGGUUUCAACGAUCCAAACGAGCCUCUGGUGGCUUUAGAGACUCUUGGAAAUGUGUUCCAGAUCGGAUAUCGCUAUUUUGUUAUCGAGAUGGUGCUCACACAUGGAUUUAACCCCAAUGCCAGGUUUCAUAGCAACCUGCCCCGUCGCUUGGAAGUUAUUGAUUUCGGCUGUACGCAACCACAGAGGAGAGGCUUAAUCCAGCUCUCUAGCCAAAUAAGAUGGCUGGUCGGGAUUAUCCAGAGGCAGCUGGUCUUCUUCAAUCACCAAUAUUGGCUGUGCACCUGGGAGUUUGAUACUGAUGAGAACUCAUAUCAAAAACAUUUCUUCCUACCUAGAAAUUGGAUAUUCCCUGAAACAUUAGAUCUGGCCAGGGUAGACCAAUUUGGAAACUUGCUAUGCCCCAUGGACGGAGAAAUUGCUGUUAUACAAUCUGGAAUCAGGAUAUAA